GGGCCUUAUGGGAAAACAAAAGAUAUCUCUGGACCAGAGCACAACAUGGCCUCGAGAAGACACAGUAUACCAGAAGCUCUGCGGGGGGUAACCAUGGUGGAGCUGGUGAAGAAAGAAGGCAGCACGCUGGGCCUCACAAUCUCAGGAGGAACCGACAAGGAUGGCAAACCGAGAGUAUCGAACCUACGGCCUGGAGGACUGGCAGCCAGGAGUGACCAGCUAAAUGUUGGUGACUACAUCAAAUCAGUAAACGGCAUCAAUCUGACCAAACUGAGGCACGAAGAGAUAAUCAGUUUACUGAAGAACGUCGGAGAACGAGUUCUGCUGGAGGUGGAGUAUGAACUUCCUCCUACAGCACCAGACAGCAGCUCAGGGGUAAUAUCAAAGACAAUCGACAUCUGUUUGCACAAAGAAGGGAGCAGCUUUGGCUUCGUUAUGAGAGGAGGUACCCAUGAAGACUGGCACAAGUCUCGCCCCCUAGUGGUUACUUACGUCAGGCCGGGAGGUCCUGCAGACAGAGAAGGCACGCUGCGUCCCGGUGACCGUCUCCUAAGUGUGGAUGGCGUACCGCUGCACAACGCCAACCACAGCGACGCCCUCAGCGUGUUGGCUCAGUGUGGGCAGGAAGCUCUGUUCCAGAUAGAGUACGACGUCACCAUCAUAGACACAGUAACGAACGCCUCCGGUCCGCUAUUAGUGGAAAUUGCCAAGUCGCCCGGAGCAACGCUGGGAAUCAUGCUGACGUCGACCAAUCACCAAAACAAGCAGGUCAUCGUCAUCGACCGGGUUAAACCUGGCAGCGUGGCGGACAGAUGUGGAGCGCUGCAUGUUGGAGAUCACCUGCUGUCCAUAGACGGCACGUCGACAGAACACUGCACAGUCCUGGAGGCGAUGCAGCUGCUAGUGAGCACGACAGAACUGGUCAAAUUAGAAAUCCUACCCUCCCAUCAGACACGGCUAACUGGGAAGCAGCACGACACAGUGAAAGUUCAGAAGUCGGACCACCCCCACUCCUGGGACCCCUGUGUCAACUACUGUCACACCGCUAACUCCACCCUCUGCAACACAACCUCCACCCUCAACAAGUCCUGGACCGCCUCCAAUAACAACACCAUCAACAGCCUCGACUACUGCAAGUCUUUGGUGUCUGCCAGUUUCUCUCCAGGCUCUACGACCACAUCGGGCCCCAGCAGUCAGAGCUCCAGCACCCUCCCGAGACCUUCAGUCCCCAUGAGUCCACGAAACUCGCUGCUCAAACGACGGCAGAGGAAGAAAGAGCACAAAAGUUCCUUGUCCCUAGCGUCCAGUUCUGUGGGUCCAGGUGGUCAGGUGGUUCACGUAGAGACCAGCGAGGUCGUCCUUACAGGGGAUCCGUUGAACGGUUUCGGCGUCCAGCUGCAGGGAGGAAUAUUCGCCACAGAAACUCUGUCUGCACCGCCGCUGAUCAGAUUCAUAGAGCCUGACAGCUCUGCAGAGAGGUGUGGCCUGCUGCAGGUGGGAGACCGCCUCCUGUCAAUCAAUGGAAUCCCCACAGAAGACGGGACACUGGAGGAGGCCAAUCAGCUUCUUCGAGACGCAGCGCUGACCAAUAAGGUCACACUGGAGAUCGAAUUCGAUGUAGCAGAGUCUGUGGUGCCUAGCAGUGGUACGUUUCACGUCAAACUGCCCAAAAAGAGAGGAGUGGAGCUGGGGCUCACCAUCAGCGCCAGUAAAAAGCAGGGAGAGCCCCUCAUCAUUUCAGACAUCAAGAAAGGCAGCAUGGCACACAGAACAGGAACGUUGGAGCCAGGCGAUAAACUUUUGGCUAUCGACAACAUCCGACUGGAGAACUGUUCGAGAGAGGAUGCAGAGCAGAUCCUGCAGCAGUGUGAGGAGCUCGUCAAACUAAAGAUACGCAAAGAUGAAGAUAACUCAGAUGAGCAGGAGACGUCAGGCAGCAUCAUCUACACGGUGGAGCUGAAGCGGUAUGGAGGCCCUCUGGGUAUCACCAUCUCAGGCACCGAGGAGCCUUUCGACCCCAUCACUAUAUCCGGCCUGACCAAGAGAGGACUGGCCGAGAGGACGGGGGCCAUUCAUGUAGGCGAUCGUAUCUUGGCUAUCAACAGCGUCAGUUUGAAAGGUAAACCUCUGAGUGAAGCCAUUCACCUGCUGCAGAUGGCUGGAGAGACGGUCACCCUCAAGAUCAAAAAACAGCUGGACAAUUUAGAAGAGAGAAAGGCAGCAGAAGUCGAAGACACAACGGAGAACGAGAUCAGUGACACAGAGGAGGACGAUUUGACAGACAGCCAACAGACGAAUAAGCUGUCGGAGCUUUACUCCACGACCAUCCCAAGUGUAGACUCUGCCAUGGAGUCAUGGGACGGCUCAGGGCUGGACGCCGGCUACGGCAGCCAGGGUACAUACAGUCACCAGGCAGCCGGUAUCGCCCUCCACCCACAUGAGUGGCGUAGCGCCAAACAGCAGCGUAGCACCACGCCCCCUCCUGGACGCAGGAAGAACUACCCCUUCAGUGAUGGAGGCUUCAGUGAGGACGACUGGGACAAACCACCGGGAUUUAUAGGCCAGCAACCAGACGGUAUCCUGCUGGAUCCAGACGACAGUUUCUGGUGCCAGGCGCUUGAGGACCUGGAGACCUGCGGCCAGUCGGAGCUCCUCAGAGAGAUAGAGGCCUCCAUCAUGACUGGAACAGCCAUCAGUCUGGGUGUAGACGGUGUCAGCAAACCUCCACCUGAGCCCAUCUUAAGCCACAGCAGGAUGAGCCCGUUACGGAGAAAUAAUCUGUUACACCAGGCCAACCUCCUCCACCAGAACACACAUCUCCACCAGGGAGCCCACUUGCACGAGGAGGCCCAUCUGCAUGAAGAGGCCCAGCUACAUCAAGAUGUCCACCUGCACCAGGAGGCCCUUUUUAACCACGAGGCCCACCUGCAUCCAGGGUCCCACCUCCACCCAGAUAACCAGUCCCCUCUGCUGCACCACGACCCAAAGCCUAAAGCCUCGCUGAGAGUGUCGGAGAGGACGUGGGAGUCUCGUCGAAUCAAAGAGGAGAUGCAGGGGAUUUUGUCACCCACGCCUUUGGAGCUGCACAAAGUCACAGUGAUAAAGGACCCUGAGAGUGAUGACUUUGGCUUCAGUGUAUCGGACGGCUUCCUGGAGAAAGGAGUUUACGUCAACAUGAUCAGACCUGACGGGCCUGCUGACCGUUCUGGGCUCAGACCGUACGACAGAAUCCUGCAGGUAAACCAUGUGAGGACAAGGGACUUUGACUGCUGCCUGGCCGUUCCUCUCAUCACAGAGGCCGGGGACAGACUGGAGCUGGUCAUUAGCAGAAACCCGAUGGCCAACGACGAUGACGAUGAGGACAUAGAGGACAAUAACAACACUUUGGACCAUCUGCCAGAUCUGUAACAAACACGCACAAACACUGUAAAACCUAGAUAAUCUAACUGUGGCUGAAGUGCAAAGAUAUAUUCCUUGAUUUGACCAAAACACCAACACACAAACUCCACCGGCUGGCAAUAAUUCUCCUUGAACACAGACUCUUCUUACACAUCACUGCAUGCUCACAUGGUCUCUCCCUCCCAUUCACAAUUGAACUGCUCUCAUUCAGUCUAGUUCACUUCUGAAACAGACCCCGAGACCCCGCCCCCCCAAAGGCUGACUCAGACUUCACGGUGUCUUUCCAACAUAAACAACCACUCACUUGGCACUUUAACCCUCCAUUUUAACCGAUUCUGACUCUUUAAAUCAUGCUUUUUCUGAAAACAAAUGAAUUUGACCCUGCAAUUUGGGUGAGGUCAUUUCAGCUGUUAUUAAUGCCCGACCACAGAUUUAUAGAAAUGACUGGUGUACCAGUGGGAUUUGCCUUAUUACAUAAUUUUGUGGGUGAUUCUGGGAGACUGUCAUGUUUGGUUAGAGAAGUUUUCAUGUUUUUUAAUAAGAAGUAAGAGAUCUGAAGGACAGUUUAUAAAGAAAUAGUGUUUAACUUUGGUUUACAUAGAUGUAGCCAUAGUAGAAGUCUGUUUUGCGGCUACAAUCUUGCUUAAAACCUACUGCUUGUCUGCAGUUUCCAAGAGAGGAGAGAUCUUUUCUCCCCCAGGCAAGAGAAUUUUCUUAAUCAGACAUAUCUUCACGUGAAACAAUCUGCAAAGUGAUCCUAAAAAAAAAAAAAUCUGUGCAAUUAUAAUGAGCUAGAUGGAGCUAGAUUCUAAUUCAACUGCAAAGCUCUUGUAUUUUUUAUCCAUUCAUCAAAAGGAAGAAAAAGACUUUCUUUUUCCACUGAGAAAUCCAUCCAUUAUCUACUCCACUUAUCCCAUUAUGGUUCUACUAAAAAGAAACAUCCAGAAUAAAAUUUAUUUACCAGUGCAACAUUUGCUGAGCAGCUCUGCCCCUGGAAAACUGUGAUGCCUGCGAACAAUAUACUGCAACGUUUUCAUGCUUUUCUUUCUCAGAGCAUAGGGCCCAAGCCAAGUGGAAUACAGAAAAAUCAGACCAGUUUGCAAUGAAGGAAACAACAUGAGUGCCUUUUAUAAAGCCUUAUGUAAGACGUACCACAGCAGGACAACUUCUGCCAUCCUUCAUAUUUGUUUUUAUUCUGAGGUCACAUCUGAUCAUGUUAGUUUCUGUUACCCCUUUUCCACCUAGCUAGCUCCAGUGCUUGAUGGUCCAAGAGAAAGAAACAGUUCAAGUUUGUCUACAAUGACAAAAUGACAUGGAUAUAAUUGAUACAACCGUUCCACGGGCCGGAUUUGGUCCCUGGGCCUUGAGUGUGACACCCCUGGUCUGAGGGCUGUCAGGGAUCAUUAGACGUGAGUGAGUCAUUUUGUAGAUGCGCUCCUGCAUAUCAUUAUCUUAAUGUAUAACAGCGUUGAACGAUGUGUUUGACAGAAUAAUCACUUUGAAGCUUACUCCUAGCUCUAAUUAAUGAUCACAGACCACACAAUACACUACAGUGUGCUGUUAAAUAUCUGUUAGGAAAAUUCAAGUUAAUCAAAAUCGACAAAUGCAGUUGAAACUGCGAUAAUCGCAAUGUGUG